UCUCUUGCAUCUCUACCAAACGUCAUUUUAGAAUUAUAGAAAAAGGAAAAAUAAAGUAAGUAAAAUAAACAUGUCGGAAGCCGUCCAAUUUUAAGUGUUUGUGAAGUAAAACAAGUGAAACGAAAAGAAGACACAACGGUGUCGACGAGAACGCAAACCUAAGUGAAAAAGAAAAUCGGAGAUAGAGCGUAACGAAGUGGGGAAAAGGACGGCGAACAGAGGUGCGCAGAGAGAUAUUGUGAGGAAUUGCAUAUUCGACGAUGAAUUUUCUGCCAGGCGAACCGCUACCGCCGGGCUUCGAGGACGACGAAGAGCCCCUGCGGCCGGCCGUCGUCCUCAAGCAGAUCGAGAACUACAACAGCGCCCCGCUGCUGGGUACCGAGUACGCUGUUGAGCUGCAGGAAGCCGGCCAGCUCCGCCCCGAUUACUACUGUGUGCUGUGCCAGACUUGCAACGACAGUCGCUCCAUCUUCGUGCAUUGGACCUCGCAGGCGCAUCGCACCAAAUACCUACAGACACACUUCCAGAAGGCCCACGAGGUGCUCCAGAAGCUCAAGCGGACGCCGAACAGCGCCCCCAUACUGGUCCAGGCCACUAGCCAUCUUGUCCAGUUAAUUGAGAUUCACUUUGGGCGCUCGCGACAAUUGCUAACCGUGAGUGGCGAUGAGUUCCGUCGCUUUCGCUCCAAGAUCUGCAGUCAAGUAAGGGAUAGCUUCCAUUUCGAUGAGUGUGCCGGUCCGGAUUUUGUGGCGGAGGCGCAGCGCGUACUCCAGGACCUAAAGCUGGACGAGGGUAUCAAGAUCAACCUGAAAAUGACCGAGGCGGACUUGAAGCGUGAUGCUAAUACCGAUGGUAACACCAUUGCUCUGGAUGCCAUCUCCAGCGAUGACGAGAGUUUCGGGGCAUCGACAUCGAUCCAUGAGUCCGCCAAGAAGCCGCAGCGCGACAAGACCCUGGCCAAAGAUCAGUCAGCAAAUGGUCGCGGCGCAAAUAGAUCACCGCCGCAGCCGGGCACUGGCCCCAAGAUAAAUGCACUGCCCACGCCCAAGGAGCUGUCCAUUCAGGCUUCGCACAUUGCCCAAGAGCGCUACAAGUGGGAGAAGUUCCGCUGCAUGCUGGAGCUGCAGCUCAAGCAGUUGCGCGACGAGACGGAGACAUACGAGACCAAUCCGGAGAAGCAUCCGGAUUACCCUGAUGAGUGGAAGCAGUUCUGGAACAGACGCUAUAAGCAGCUGCAGGAGGAGAAGAAAUGUGAUCCCAAUCUUUAUGACUAUAAGCCCGAGUGGAUCAGCUAUUGGAAGGAUCGUCGCAUCGAGCUCUUCAAUAUAGCUGUGAAUAAGAUCAAGAAGGAACUGAAGGAGAAGUUCAAGCUGGGCGACGAGGAUGAGGAGAAGACCAAGGAGUUAAUGGAAACAUAUAAAAUCCGUGUAGCCAGUCCGCGUGAUACCAGCGCCCCGGCAAAAGCAAACAACCGACGCAAGGCAAAUUUCCGCAGUAAUAAUCGACCCUUAAAUGCCGCCGGAGCAGGAGGCGUGACAGUGAUUGAUAUCAGUGAUGAUGACAAUGAUCCUCCGUGUCACAAUCGUUCCGGUUCCUAUCGGCGCUCUCAUUCGCGCUCCAAGUCGGCAAAGCGAGUGCUAGGACGUCGUCCGGUGCGGCGUUCCCGCAGCCGCUCGUCUCACCGCAACUUCCGCCGUGGCUCUCGGUCCCGUUCGAAUUCACGCGACGGAAGGUCCCGUCGAUCCCGCACGCCUGGUUACUACCAUCGACAGCAGCGUGAUCGACGUGAUCGGUAUGGCAGCGGGCGUCCCUCCAGCAGGGAGCGUGGUUCCUCGACCCACUCUCGUGAUUAUGGUAGGCGCUCCCGCAGCAUAGAGAGGGAACGCUCCAGCGAGUUCUAUCGGUCCGACUCUUACGUCCGCCCCACUCGUUACGAACGUGUCGAGACCUUCCGUGUAAUGGACUCGCGCGUGUAUCCCGAAUACAGUCAAAGUUUGCCCAAGGUCCGUUCCAUUUCGCCGGCGGUUUCGACCAGCAAUAGCAAAAGUAACAGCAAGGAGGAUACGACCGAAUCUGUGGAUGAGGGUCCGCUGACAGUGGUCAGUGUGCUGCGCAUGCUGUCAGCCGUGGAGGAGCACCUGGGUAGCCUUGGCCCCAAGGCGCUGAAUUUGCUGAGCAAAGCACUGGCCAUGGAGAUGGUACAACCGAAUGCCGCCGACGAUUUGCUAUUGAACGAUGAUAAUUGUGUCUUCCUGGAAACCACGAAGGAGAAGCUGAAGGGCAUACUUAUUGCUGAGGUGCUCGAUGAUCCGCAGAAGGUGCGCGUCGUGAAGAAAGUGAUCACCAAUAUAGCGGCCAUCAUUUUUCAGGUCACCUCGCGAGGUGGAAACGAAUCCUCCGAAGGCCAGCACAAGGCGAAUGCUGCUCCGGUGCCCAUACAGCUGCCCUUUGAUCGGAAUAUGGUUGCCCCCAAGCUGGCCAAUGCUUUGGUCCUCAAAGGCUACUAUGACGUAAGCACCGAGGACAUGACCAAGCUCCUGCAUCUGUUUACCCUGAUGGUGAAAAUGGAUCACCAGCGCCGUCAGGCUGACAUAAAUAGUAACCUUAGCUUUGCCGAGGCCUGUACCAAGCUGGGCUUGAAGGAAGCGGAAGCUAAUCCCGAAGCCGAGAACAUCAGCAUCGAUCUGGACGAGUUAAUGAAGGAGGUGGAGAACCAGCUGAACAAGGAGUCGAUAGAUGUGGCUUCCGGUUCAGGAGCAGGUGUCAAACCCAAUGAACCAGCCAACAUUGGCGGCGGCAACAAUGCCAUGGAGUCGCUAACCGACUCCGAUUUACAGACUUUGCUGCAGAACUUCAAGUUUCUGUCGAACGAGGAGCAGGUGCAUCUCAUUGGACAUCUGCGUAAGCUGGAGGUGAUGGAGCCGGCGCGAGUUCACCGUCUGCGCAAGUAUGUGAACCUGGCGGAGCUGAGUUCCGAUGGAGAGUCUUGCAGUGAUUUCUUGUCGCGUGUGGUUAACAAAUCGACAAUCAGCAGUAGCAGCAGCAGCACCGGCAUCAGUGGAAUGUUACCGAAGCCCAUUGAGAAAUCGGCCAUUGGACAGGCCAUAGCCACGGUGACGGGCGGCCAGGCAUCGACCUCGUCAAAAGCCGCCAACGCGAGCAGCUCUAUCCCUGCAUUGGAGACCCUUUCGUCGCUAACCUCGCGCCGUCGCAGCUCGGACCGAGACCUUAACAAUCUGCCCAUCAAUAAGCAGCGACGCAUGAAGAAUUCGCCCGGUUUCACGAUCGACGAUGAUGACGACGACGACGAGGAUGAUGACUACAACUUUGAUGAUCUGGUAAUGAAGGCAUGCGAUUCGAAUGGCGGUGCUGGUGGUACUGUUAGGAAAACUACACCACCCAUCGUACCGGUGGAAUCGUCACCCAAUGCCCUCACCUUCAAGCCAGCAAUAGGUUCGCCUAAGCUCUCCAUAAAAGACACCGAAAGCAUAAUAGCCGACCUAAUGGGUACUCUAGGCAAGGGCGGCGGAGCCGCAGGCUCUGGAUUAAGUGGCUCACCUGGCAAUCGUGGCAACAACUUUAUGAUGAAUCAGCAAGAGCAGCUGGCAAAUCCUAAUCGAAAUCGUUCGACGGGACCCUAUCAAAAUCCAGCAUAUCCUGGUAUUCCAGCACAGCAGCAGCAAGCACGCCAAAUCAUAACCAAUGUGACAAGUGGACCCGAUCCCCUUCAUCAGUAUCCCUACGGAGGUGGCGGUCCUGCCGGCGGGGGCUAUCAUCAAUAUGCCGGCAACGGCUCGCAGCCUAAUUAUCCAGCGGCCAUGGGAGCUGGUGUGUCACCCGGACACGGUGCCUAUGGAGGAGGAGGAGCAAGCAUGGGAGGAGGUCAGAUUAAUCCCUGGGCCAACAAUGGAGCGCCCCAGCCGCAGUAUAGCCAGAUACCUCUUAAAUUCGUAAACCAGCAGCAGCAACCGAAUGCCCCACACUACAACAACAUGUUCGGGGGACGUCAUUGAACUAUAGCAUUAUCCAUUACCCAUUAAGAUCUAUAGAUAUAUCCUUACAUUGUAUCCUAGCUCCUAAAUCAUCAGCGAAAAGGGUCAAAUCCUUUUUUAAAUGUGUUCGCUGCUGUGGUUUUACCAAUGCCUGUUUUUCCUCUGCCAAAAAUGGAGUUUUUUUUUUGUUACGAUUAUUGAAACAAUAAAGAUAAUAAUGCACGAGGUUGGGAAAACUUA